AUGGAGCCCUGGAAUUCCACCUUGAGAAGUGACUUCAUCUUGGUGGGGAUUCUGGAUGACAGUGGCUCUCCUGAACUGCUCUGUGCCAUAUUCACAGCCUUUUACAUGUUGGCUUUGACCAGCAAUGGACUGCUGCUUCUGGUCAUCACCAUGGAUUCCCGUCUUCAUGUGCCCAUGUACUUCCUGCUCGGGCAGCUGUCCCUCAUGGAUCUCCUCUUCACUUCAGUUGUUACUCCCAAGGCUGUCAUAGAUUUUAUGCUCAGGGAUAACACCAUUACCUUUGAGAGCUGUGCCCUUCAGAUGUUCCUGGCACUGACCUUGGGUGGUGCAGAGGACCUUCUUUUGGCCUUCAUGGCCUAUGACAGGUAUGUAGCCAUUUGUCAUCCUCUGAACUAUAUGAUCUUCAUGAGGCCAAGCAUCUGCUGGCUCAUGGUGGCCACAUCAUGGAUCCUUGCAUCCUUGAUGGCUUUAGGAUAUACUACCUACACCAUGCAUUAUCCCUUUUGCAAAUCCCGGAAGAUCAGACACUUGCUCUGUGAGAUCCCUCCACUGCUGAAGCUGGCCUGUGCAGACAUCUCCAUGUAUGAACUCAUGGUUUAUGUGAUGGGUGUGACCUUCCUUAUUCCCCCUCUUGCUGCCAUCCUGGCUUCCUACACACUAAUUCUUUUUACUGUGCUCCAUAUGCCCUCAAAUGAGGGCAGGAAGAAAGCUCUUGUCACCUGCUCUUCUCAUCUGACUGUGGUUGGAAUGUUCUAUGGGGCUGCCACAUUCAUGUAUGUCCUGCCCAAUUCCUUUCACAGCCCUAGACAAGACAAUAUAAUCUCUGUGUUCUAUACAAUAGUCACCCCAGCUCUGAACCCCCUCAUCUACAGUCUGAGGAAUAAAGAGGUCACUGGGGCUUUAAUAAGGGUCCUGGGCAGAUACAUCCUGCCAGCAAACCCCACCCUCUAG